AAUGAUUAUUCACUGUGACUGAUCAAGAAACAAAGCAAGAUAACAAAAAAGAAAGAACCGAAGAUGUUACAGUUUCCGGCGUUUAUGACGCAAUACCAAUUGUCGACACGGAUGAUUCCGACGUCAUAUUUGCUACCUUCUCAGUGGCCUCAGCCCCAAAGUGAAGAACUCCUUUUAGCUAUGGAGGAGUCCGACUUUGAAGAAAAGUGCAACGAAAUCAGGAAGAUGAACAGCAAUCUGAUUGUGAUAGGGAAAACCACAAAUGAAAAUGACAAGGAAGACUUUGACAAUGAGGCUGACGACGAUGAUCCCGACAAUGCAGAGGAGUCUGAGGGUGAAGAAUUUGAGCAAGAAACUGGUUGAAGAAUCUGCACGUUAAUGCUGACUUAUAUAUUACUUCUUUGCUAUAUGUGUUGUAAUUAGAGGUGUUUGAGGGAGGAAUUAUGGUCAUUCCUCUCCCAGCUCUAAACUUUUGAUUGGGAUCAAUGUUUAAACCCAAAAUCCACCUCUAGAUCUAAGUCGACUCAGUGAUGUCCGAGUUUAAUUAGAUUGAGUUUGAAUGAGAUAUGAUUGGGUUGACUCGAAGUUCAAACAAAAUAAAAUCAUAAAAUUGCUAUAAAAUGUUCAUAAGAAUAAGUUAAUGUCAUUAGGAAAAUUUUCAUGUAUACUAGAAUUUCUCAAUAUAUGAACAUUUUUUAAAGUUCUGUUAUAA